AUGGGGCGGGGCAGCGUGGUGGGGGCCUUUGCGGCGUUUUCCACGAUUGUGGCGGUCCUCCACAGAAAGGAUAUCACAUCUUCUGUAAGGCAGAGCGAUUUAGGUUCACCCGAUAGUGACGACGACUCGAGUUAUGACAGAGAGCACGGAGACGUCUACCAAGGCAAGAACGAUUUCGAGAACGACUCGUCCAAUUCAUUGACUUGGGGACUUUCGGACAUGAGUCAAACGGCCAUCAUUAGCACGGUCGAGUCACAAUACCCGAACUGGGUUGGUUCAGCAGUCCGAGCUGGCUCGGACACGGCAUGUUAUCGAGAGACGCACAUUGCUAAAGUGUGUCCUAUUGGGUUCGAACGCAAGCUCGGAACGUGUUGGGCACAGUGUCCACUUGAAUAUCCCGUCGAGUGUGGGUUGCAGUGCAUUCGGCAAAAUGAUGAUUGCAAUCUAGAGAUGCUGUCCAAGGUGACUGUCGUUGCGCGGUCAGCGCUUUCGCUCGCCACCUUUGGAGUCUACGGCGAGUUUGAGAAAAUGGCAAAGGGGGUCCAGACGGCUGUCAAAUGUGGCAAGGAAGUGGCGAAUCUAGUACGGGCGCUUACGAAAUACGUGAGGAACGUUGAGACUACGAAAAUGCAGAAUACGACCGAUUACCUCCUGACCUUGUUGUAUCAGACCGACAAUGUGGUCUUUGAUGUGCCGAUCACGAUCAUGGAGUGUCGUGGAAUCAAAGUGUCAGCAGAGAUGAAGUUUAAUGAUCGAUUAGUCAAUACGGUUGGCGUGAUAUUAAAAGAAGUCGUGACUCGAAAGGAAGCCAUUCUUUCCAGUUGGAAGUCGUUUAUGGACUUUAUGCAGAAAAUCGAGCUAGAUGAUGUCUUCGACGACAUGGAAGAAGAUGAUAUCUCGUCGCUACAAUCAGCUCUGACGUCCAAUUUGACCUGUGCAGACGACAUGAAGCGCCUCGUCGACCGCGUGUGGUUGACUGUAGCUUAUUUGCGGAAAAAAGACCCGAAUAUCUCCGAAGAUGACGUCCGUGUGGUACUCAGCAAGUCAAACCUCAUGCACCACGUCGUUCCUAUCGUCACAAAUAAUUGUAUGGGGCAACUGAUCAACGGAUCGGAUGUGUCAUCGGCAUAUGUUAUGCGUGACAUGCUGCGCAAGACGUUCGGCGGUAUUGUGGACGACCUUGUCUCGUCAGGCACAAGUAAAAACGGCACUCUCCUCUCUGCCGAGCAUUUCAUGUACACCGCUGCCGACAAGGCCCUUAUGUUUGCAGCCAUUUGGGACCCCACAAACGUUUUCGGUGUCGUGUCGGAGUACUUUCAAACCAUUUGUGGUCCAACAGAAUUAAUUGGCGAAGUCGACGAUGGCUCCGCAUCGGAUGCAUUGGGUCUUUCCAUCGUCGACAAAGCUUUUCACAAUAGCACUGGAUCGUGGACCAAAAAAGGGAAUGGAGCUGUGACGAUCACGUUUCAGAGCAAGGACGCUGAAAAGGUGAAGGUGAACAUCAUGUCAGGUGGCAACGAGAUCGGUGAGGUUAAGGUUAACCCUGGUGCCAGCGUAACGUGGACGUCUAAUAGUACAGCACUGGGGGGCAAGACGCUGUACUUAGAUCGGUGGCGAUCUGGAUUACUGGGAAUUCGAGGCACUGGUGGUGGCUCGUUGUUACUUUGGGUUCCACGAUCAAAGCAAGGUGGCAACUUGGAACUCACGGCAGUUCUCAAUGCAACUUAG